CGGCGGCGGCCGGCGGGCGGGCGGGUGUUGGCGACGGACACGGUCCCACACGUGCUGGUUCCGCUUUGAGGGCGAGAGACACCACGAUGGAUUUAAUCCCCAACAUCGGGGAGGAGGACGAGGUUCCGGAGCAGGAGGAGGAGACGGGGUCGGAGGGAGAGGAAUUGCCUGUCAUUUUGCUGAAGAAAAAGAAGUUCAGGAAACAGUGUGUGGACUUCAGUGAAGACUUUCUCUUUACUGAGAAGGAUGGGGAAUGUGAUGAAGAUUGGGCGAUGGCAGAUGUCCUGAAGCAAUUGAAGAAAAAAAAAGCAGCAACAACCUUGGACGAAAAGAUAGACAAAGUUCGAAAGAAAAGAAAGAAAGAGGAGAAAUUGACAACAGAAGCAAAGCAAAUAAAGACCGAUUCGACUGAGAACUCCGUAUCCAACGCAGACGUGACAAAGGCAGAUGAAGAAGAAGCAGACAAAAUCGAGGACAAUGAUGAAGAAAAGGAAUCUGAUGGAGAACAAGCGACAGAUGAUGAAGAUGAUGAAGAAUCGAUAUCUGAAUUCUCUCGUGAAGAUCAGAAUAUUUUACAGAAAGCAGACACACUGAAAUUAAAAGGAAAGAAGAAAACUAGAAACAAAUCGGGCUUGUUCUUUGAGGAAGCUCCGGAGAUUGAUGACAGCCUCAUGUUCCAGGACAUGAAUCUCUCUCGACCACUUUUAAAGGCAAUCACUACCAUGGGCUUCAAGCAGCCAACUCCCAUUCAGAAAGCGUGUAUCCCUUUGGGUUUGUUGGGGCGAGACCUGUGUGCCUGUGCUGCUACUGGGACAGGUAAAACUGCUGCCUUCAUGCUGCCUGUGCUAGAACGUUUGAUCUAUAAACCACGUCAGGCUCCUGUUACCAGGGUGUUGGCUCUUGUUCCAACUCGUGAACUAGGCAUUCAAGUGCAUUCUGUCGCCAGAAAUUUGGCACAGUACACAUCCAUCACCGUCUGUCUUGCUGUUGGUGGAUUGGAUGUAAAAACCCAAGAAGCAUCUCUGAGAUCAGGGCCUGAUGUUCUCAUUGCCACCCCAGGCCGAUUGAUCGAUCAUCUUCAUAAUUGUCCAUCCUUUGACCUCAGCAGCAUUGAGGUCCUCAUUCUGGACGAAGCUGACAGGAUGCUCGAUGAAUACUUUGAGGAACAGAUGAAGGAAAUAAUUCGGCUCUGCUCCCACCAACGGCAGACAAUGCUGUUUUCUGCGACCAUGACUGAUGAGGUGAAUGACCUGGCAUCGGUGUCAUUGAAGAACCCGGUUCGAAUUUUCGUGAACAGUAACACAGAUGUUGCCCCCUUCCUCCGUCAGGAAUUCGUACGCAUCCGUCCAAACCGUGAGGGAGACAGGGAGGCGAUUGUUGCAGCUCUUCUCACUCGCACAUUUCAGGACCAUGUUAUGCUAUUUACACAGACUAAAAAGCAAGCCCAUAGAAUGCACAUCCUGCUGGGGCUGAUGGGACUAAAGGUUGGCGAACUACAUGGUGAUCUUUCCCAAACCCAGCGGCUGGAAGCUCUUAGGCGCUUCAAGGAUGAACAAAUCGAUAUUCUUGUAGCUACAGAUGUUGCUGCUAGAGGACUGGAUAUUGAUGGGGUCAAAACAGUGAUUAACUUCACAAUGCCCAACACGGUCAAGCAUUAUGUGCAUAGGGUGGGCCGGACAGCAAGAGCAGGCCGCAGUGGGCGAUCCGUGUCCCUCGCUGGAGAGAUGGAAAGGAAAAUGCUAAAAGAAAUUGUGAGGAAAGCUAAAACUGAGGUGAAAGCUCGUGUCGUUCCACAAGAUGUGGUGCUGAAGUUCCGGCAGAAGAUUGACAAAUUGGAAAAGGAAAUCUAUGCUGUUCUGCAGCUGGAGAAAGAGGAAAAAAUGAUGCAACACUCGGAGGCUCAGAUCAACACUGCGCAAAACAAGCUGCAGAAGGACAAUGAGGACACCAGGCCAGAGCGCACCUGGUUCCAGACCAGAGAGGAACGCAAGAGAGAGAAAGUUUCAAAGGCUCUGCAAGAGUUUGACAUUGCAUUAAGAGGCAAAAAGAAGAGGAAAUUCAUGGAAAACCUGAAAAAGAAGGAAAUGACGGCUGAAGACAGGGCACAGAUUGAAAUAGUCAAAUCGCAGAUGUAUGCAGAACGCGUUGCUAAGAGAGGCCGCAGACCAAAGAGGGCACGAGUAAUGCCUGAAGAGGAGCCAAGCCACGAUGCUGAUCAAAUGAAUAGAAUAAACAAAUCAAAGAAGUCUGUAUUUGAUGAAGAAUUGACAAAUACAAGUCAGAAAGCUCUUAAACGAUAUCGAGCAGGGCCAUCAUUUGAAGACAGACAGAGACUUGGAAUAUCACAGCAUAGGAAAGGGAAUGCAUUUAAAUCGAAAUCUAGGUACAAGAGAAGGUGAACCCGAACAGAAAAAGCAGCUGGAUAUUUAUGAAAUUGCCUUUCCAAGAAUGAGGUCCUUAUUAGCAUGUACACUUGUGACAUACUUAAUAAUGAAACUGAUUCAUACUUCUGAUCCGGAAAAAUUGUGUAAGAAUGGACAUCAAUUUAUUGAAACAAGCCGACUUCCAAUUUUGUUAUAAUUGAGAUUUCAUAUUUGGUAUUGUUUCACUUCCUGUACUCUCCCACCUUCUGUACCCAAGUAUUGAUUAUUGUGGGUAAAGUCCUUUCAGAAAUAGAAACAUUGCAUUGUAAUUAAAACAGGUAUGUGUCAAUUUUAAGUGGUGUCCUGCAGACGCUCACGUUUACUUAGCCCUUGCACACUGCCUCGUCUUCAACUUGCUGAGGAGAAUCUACUGUCAACAAAAAACGAACAAGAGAAAAUAUUGAAAUAGGAACCUUGUUGCCUUGAAGUGAGCACCUAUCCUUGAGUAUUUUGUGUUAUAUAAGCAGAUCUGAAAUAUAAAAAGAGUAUUUUGACAAAAUGACUGAAAUCUGCUCGACUGGCAAUCCUUUGGGACAGAAGUUCUGUUUAUUUGACCGAUGCAUCCUUCCAUACUCAGGACACCCCUUCUGGAUGUGGUGUUUGCUUUGCCGUGUCAAUGUGAACGUUUCCAGUUAAAAUUCAAUUUUGCCACUGGCUAGUUUCCCCCCCACCUCCCCCCUCAAAAUUAGCCCAAGGGAACAUUAAGAUCGUAGUAUUUUAAAUAGGGAUGGGGAAACAUCCUAUUGGUUGAAAUCAAUCUAGCGUAAGCGAGUUGCAUGUCCUCAAAUGACACUCGAUCAUUUGGCAGGGAAACUAAACCAAUGCACCCAUUCUGCAGUACGAUUUAUCACAAGUAUCCUAUAUGUAUCUCUUUUAUUAAUGCACUCGUAGGCCAAUAUAAUCUACUAAGGUAGAGGCAGAAGGAAUUGGAAAUGUUGGAAUCUUGAGCUAAAGCAAGUGUUGUAGAAACUUAGCAGAGCAGACAGCAUUGCAGGGCAGACAUGGGCAGUUGUCAUUUUGAGCCAAGUCCUGCAAAGGUAUUGAGUCUUUUGUUGGGUAGAGUCAUGCCUCAUGGGCAGGGGUGAUGCUGUGAAUAGGAGAGAGUCAUGUUUAUGCAGUGCAUCAAGGGAAAAGUCCAGGGUCAUGUCCGUUGUAUUUCUUGGGAAAGCUUCCUCACUCCUGCAUUCAUUCUGCUGAGGCAAAAGUGUAAUUAAAUUUAAGCAGCAGUCUCUGUGAUCCCUAACUAAACCUAGGUGUAAGAACACUAGUCCAUGCUCAGAAGUUGAUCAGAACAAGACAGUAGAGGGAAAGAGACUGAGGGUCAGUGAGGUGAUGUGUACAGCAAGUUAAACAAAUAGAAAUGGUGGAGGUUCAGACUAAGUAUAGCAGUGACAUUUUGAUUCCAUUUUAAAAGCUAUGAAUAUUUUAAAUGUUUGAAUGGGCCUCGGCUGUUAGUAAAUUCCAGGAUAAACUAAAAUGAUUAAGUAAAUUUAUGCUGAAAAUAAGUCAUGCCUAUGUACGUAAAGAAAUUAUUGGUUUCCUGUUUGUCAGCAGACCCAAAUGCUAUUAAUAAACACAUUUUUUGCAUUA